AUGAAAGUCACGCUGCCCGCUGCCUCGGAAAAGAAAGAGGAAGAGAAGAAGACAGAGGAAAUGACGGAAACAAACUUCGCUGCUUCUCUGCAACAACUCCGCUCGGGAAUUGACCGUCGCCUUGUCAGAGUACACCCAGUCAACUAUCAUAUGGGUAGAACCAUGAGACGCCAGUUUUCAAAUUGGAGUGUCUUGCUCCCUGGAUUUAAAGAGCUUCAAGCGGUUGAUUGGCAAUCCGUUGUGCAAGCCGCUGCAAGUGAGGAUGUUUCUGUGGAUCGUGCAUUAGGUUGCUUUCUUGGAAUGGUAGCGGGGGACAGUGUGGGAGCUCCGCUGGAGUUCACCCCGGCCACUGGUAAACCUGUGAAACAGAGAGGGCGGGAUGAGUCCUAUGUCAAAUUUGAUGCUGACGCAUUCCACUACCACAAAGAAGAGAACGCCUUUGGAUUGGAACGAGGGCAAUGGACGGACGAUGCCUCCAUGGGAUUGUGUCUCGCGGAAUCCAUGCUGGCUCGUGGUGUGUAUCAUGGAGGAGAUGCCAGAGUACGAUUUCAUAUGUGGUGGUUCUUUGGCUACUGCAAUGCGUUUCGCCAUGAUUCUCAUCAAAGAUCUUCUGUGGGAUUGGGCGGCAACAUCGGCCAGAGCUUGCAGGAUCUAGUGUUGAGGUACACAAAUCGAUUUGCCGAGCACGUCCCUGGACGGUAUGAAGCGACUGGAGAAGAUGCAGGAAAUGGAUCCUUGAUGCGCUUGGCUCCUGUCCCCAUCAGGUAUCACGCAGAUGUGGAACUGGCAAUGAACACGGCUGAAGAAUCGUCUUAUGCUACCCAUCCAGGUCCCGGUGCAGCUCAUUGCUGUCGCUUUGUGGCUUUCUUCAUUUGCAAGGCGUUGGAGCGCCCUCAAGAUGACACUACAGACAUUGCUACCUUUACCGACUCCGUCAUCAAAGAGUUCCUUGCUGGUUGCGACGGCAACAGAUCUUUGGGCUCGUUGCUUCAGUCGAAACCGCCGUCCCGCAAGGAAGCUUGUUGGAACUGGAAGGCAGAUCGUCUGCUGAUUGAAGAGACGCUGGCCAACCGUGGCAGUUUCUACAACGGAUACCCGGUUUCAGCCGAAUACUUUGGUUCCUAUUGUAUGGAUGGGUUAGCCAUGGCUCUCUGGGCCUUGGUACAUUCGGAGAGUAUGACGGAUUGCAUUUUGAAGACGGUGAACUUGAGAGGAGAUGCUGAUACAACUGGAUCCAUUGCAGGGCAGCUAGCGGGGGCAUUCUACGGGUACAGCUCGUUUUGUCAAGACUCUUGUGGCAAGAAAAUAUUGAAAGACAUUCGACAAUGGGAUCCACUCUACGAGUUGGAGUUGCGAGCUUUAUUGCUGCACCAGGACGGUGCGAAUGGAGCAAAGGAAGCAGCAAGAUCAUUGAGCGCCAACGCCAAAGGAACAACGCCGCAAAGCGCUGCGAUGGCACCAAAACCUUCAUGCGCGGAGGAUCCUUCGAACAUGCGUGGAAAGUACUAG